AUGAAAUUUUUUACAAUCGCUGUUGCAGCUUUUGCUGUAUCAACUGAAGCUGCUGCUAUCUAUUCACCAAUUGGUAAAUCAGUUGAAGUCCAAGCUAAAAGAGAUGCCGACUUAGUUUCUUUUAAAACCCCAUCACAAAAUAUUGUUUUAGCCGAAAGACUGUUUAUUAACUCCACCAUCACUACAAUUGAUCAAAUAACUAAAGCCAUUGAUGACUUAUUACAAGGUAAUUUUCUUGGAUCUGCUGUUGAUUUCGGUCAAUUACUUAUCACUUUGGGUAUUGAUGCUGCUGAAGCUGCUGAAUGGGGACUUCAUGAAGGAGAAAACGCUUUAGAAAUUAUUGCACAAUUAGGAAAUGUUAUUGCUGGUCAAGCCGCUGGUUCUACAAAAAGAGAUGUUGUUUUAGGAGAUAGAGAUGUUAUCACCACUACCAUCGCUCAAAUUACUAAAGCUAUUAGUGACUUAUUACAAGGUAACUUAGUUGGUUCAGCAGUUGAUUUUGGUCAAUUACUUGUUACUUUAGGUAUUGAUGCUGCUCAAGCUGCUGAAUGGGGUAUUCAUGAAGGUGAAAACGCUUUAGAAAUUAUUGCACAAUUAGGAAAUGUUAUUGCUGGUCAAGCCACUGGUUCUUCAAAAAGAGAUGUUGUUUUAGGAGGAAGAGAUUUUGUCAACUCUACCAUCACUACCAUCGCUCAAAUUACCAAAGCUAUUAGUGAUUUAUUAGAAGGUAAUUUUCUUGGAUCUGCUGUUGAUUUUGGUCAAUUACUCAUCACUUUGGGUAUUGAUGCUGCUGAAGCUGCUGAAUGGGGACUUCACGAAGGUGAAAAUGCUUUAGAAAUUAUUGCACAAUUAGGAAAUGUUAUUGCUGGUCAAGCCGCUGGUUCUACAAAAAGAGAUGUUGUUUUAGCCGAAAGAGAUUUUGUCAACUCUACCAUCACUACCAUCGCUCAAAUUACCAAAGCUAUUAGUGAUUUAUUAGAAGGUAAUUUUCUUGGAUCUGCUGUUAAUUUCGGUCAAUUACUUAUCACUUUGGGUAUUGAUGCUGCUGAAGCUGCUGAAUGGGGACUUCAUGAAGGUGAAAAUGCUUUAGAAAUUAUUGCACAAUUAGGAAAUGUUAUUGCUGGUCAAGCCGCUGGUUCUACAAAAAGAGAUGUUGUUUUAGGAGAUAGAGAUGUUAUUACCACUACCAUCGCUCAAAUUACUAAAGCUAUUAGUGACUUAUUACAAGGUAACUUAGUUGGUUCAGCAGUUGAUUUUGGUCAAUUACUUGUAACUUUAGGUAUUGAUGCUGCUCAAGCUGCUGAAUGGGGUAUUCAUGAAGGUGAAAACGCUUUAGAAAUUAUUGCACAAUUAGGAAAUGUUAUUGCUGGUCAAGCCGCUAGUGUUUCAAAAAGAAACAUUUGA